AUGGAUACCCUCCUUACCGCUCAAAUCGCGGUAAACGCGCCUCGUUACCGCCGCAAGAGCUCAACCUUCAUCGACGGCAUCCAUGAUGUCCCCGAAGAUCAAGGCAACUUGGCGCCGGCGCAGCUAUAUAGCACUAUGUCUGGCAGGCUGUUCCACUCGGGAAGGAUCGCCAUCGUCAUGGUCGGCCUUCCUGCCCGUGGGAAAACUCACAUCUGUGUCUCGAUGGCUCGCUAUCUUUCAUGGCUUGGCGUCAAGACUCGCAUCUUCCAUCUUGGAGACUACCGCCGGGCCACGGUGGAGGGAGGUCAUGUCCCGCAGGACUACUUUUACCCCAACGCAUCUCCGGCUUCUGUCAUGCUCCGUCAGAAAAUCCUUAAGAAGUGCAGGGAUGACAUCUACGCCUGGCUAAACCAUGAGAAUGGCCAGGUCGCCAUCUAUGAUGCCGUAAAUCCGACUGCCAGCGGCCGCUUGGCUCUCGCUGAGGAAUUUGCCAAGCACGAUGUCCAGACGCUCUUCAUUGAGUCCUAUGUCGAUGACCAAGAGAUCCUCAAGGAGAAUGCCCGCAAUGUCAAGAUCUCAUCUCCCGAUUUCCACGGAAUGGACCCCGAUGAGGCGGCUAAACACUACCUCAAGCGUAUCGAGACCAAGAUCCCCGUAUUCGAAACCAUGGACGAGGAUGAGUUGAAUUACGUCAAGAUGAUCAACGCUGGCCAGGCGUUCUACUACAACAACGUCAGCUUCAACUACCUGUCUCACAGAAUCGUCUUCUACUUGACCAAUUUGCACAUCAAGUGCCGCACCACCUUCUUCGUCCGCGCCGGCCCCGCGACCGACGAAGAUUCGUACAAGGCCGAUGCUCCGCUGUCCGAGGAAGGCAAAAUUUAUGCCGACAAAAUGACAGAGACUCUCCUCCGACACCGGGAGCAGGAACGCCAGGCGUCCAUUGACCAGGACGGCCCUAACCUGCCGCUACGUCCUCUGGCCGUGUGGACAUCUACCCGGCUCCGCACCGUUCAAACAGGCGAGCCGCUGAAGGAGAUGGGAUACAAGGUCCGGCAACGGUCUCAGAUGAGUCAAAUCAACCCCGGUGUUUGUGAGAAGCUGUCAGAACGCGCCAUCCGCGCCGCAUAUCCGGAGGAAGUGGAAAAGCACGAAAUGGAUCCCUAUCACCACCGGUACCCGCGUGCAGAGUCGUACCACGAUCUGGCAGUGCGACUCGAGCCUAUCAUCCUGGAGUUAGAGCGCGAGCAGAACGACCUGCUCAUCAUCGCCCACGAGAGCGUCCUGCGCGUCCUGUAUUCGUACUUGAUGCACUGCAGUACCAGGGACAUCCCCAAGCUGAAAUUUCCGCGGGAUGAGAUCAUUGAGAUUAUCCCUGCGGCGUACCAGAACGAGGCGAAGCGCAUCCACAUACCCGGUCUCGACCCAAGGACCAUUCCGGGCUCACCGGAGGAUAUUCGGAUUCCGGUGCCUACCGACCUCAGUGCACAGCUCCCGCCGAUCCCGGGCAUGGAUAGCCCGGAGCCGGCCGAGACCGCUGCUCCGCGGCCUCCCGAGAAGAUUGUCAACCACGCGAAGGAGAUGUUGUCUGACAAGAUGGGUGAUGAAGAUUGA